GUGCGGACCGGUAGCUUUCGAGUCUGCAUUCAGCGGAAAAGAUUUAUCAAUACAACUGUCGCUAAACCAAUCGCUAGUGAAGUUCCUGCUAAGAUGCAAAUCGACUUAACGGAGAGGAUUCUUCUGCAUCUGGAAAAAUGUGACAAAGUUAACACAUUGGACCUGGUGUCAAUACUGAACGAGGACCAUCAGCGGAUCAUUGGUGCAUUAAAAAGUAUAGAAGCAACUGGAAGUUUGGUUACCUCCGAGCCCACAUCGCGGAAAACCCUGGCAUUGACAGAAGAAGGCGCUUAUGUGGCAGAGAAUGGUAGUCAUGAGGCUGCUGUUUAUAAUGCAGUUCCACCGGAAGGAAUAUCGCAAGCCGAGCUGAUGAAAUCAUCACCGAAUGCAAAAGUGGGCUUCAGCAAGGCCAUGUCACAUGGAUGGAUCUUCGUAGACAAAUCCGUUACCCCGCCAGUGGUGAAGAAAAAGGUGGAUAAAAUCGAUGAUAUUGUUAAAACCCAUCUGGUUGAAAUACGUCAAGGCAAGGGUGAAGGCAUCCCAGAGAAUGUUAAGAAUGAGUACAAAAAACGCAAGUUGCUGCAAGAAAUCGUUACUAAAAGUUUCAUCCUGUCCAAGGGACCCGAAUUCUCAACAAAACUUCAGAAACUUGAGACCGACCUCACUGUAGAUAUGUUGGCGAACGGUUUGUGGAAAGAUUUGAAAUUUAAGGCGUACAACUUCGAAGCCCUGGGAGCACCACCAGAACGAGGUCAUUUACAUCCCCUACUCAAGGUACGAACUGAAUUCCGACAGAUUUUCCUUGAAAUGGGUUUCACCGAGAUGCCUACAAACAACUAUGUGGAAUCAUCCUUCUGGAAUUUCGACGCUCUCUUCCAACCGCAACAGCAUCCCGCCCGUGAUGCUCACGACACUUUCUUCCUUAACGAACCAAGUAGCAGCCACAAGUUCCCAAUGGAGUAUCUCGAACGAGUCAAGGAAGUCCACUCAAAAGGAGGAUAUGGAUCGCAAGGCUAUCGCUACGAUUGGAAGAUUGAAGAAGCUCAGAAAAACUUGUUGCGCACGCAUACAACGGCUGUUAGUGCGCGGAUGCUCUACAAACUCGCCAACAACCCCGACGGAUUCAAACCCGUCAAAUAUUUCAGUAUAGAUAAAGUGUUCCGGAACGAAACACUCGAUGCAACUCAUCUGGCGGAAUUCCAUCAAGUUGAAGGUGUAGUCGCCGGAUAUGGGCUGACUCUAGGGGACCUAAUUGGAACUUUGUACGAAUUCUUCCGGAAAUUGGGUAUCACCCAAUUACAGUUCAAGCCAGCUUACAACCCAUACACUGAACCUAGCAUGGAAAUAUUCUGCUUCCACCCCGGCCUAGGAAAAUGGAUCGAGGUGGGAAAUUCAGGUGUAUUCAGACCUGAGAUGUUGCUUCCAAUGGGCAUUCCGCCAGAGGUGAACGUAAUUGCCUGGGGCUUGUCGCUUGAACGGCCAACUAUGAUCAAAUACGGCAUUAACAACAUUCGAGAUCUAAUUGGACCGAAAGUGGACUUGAAAAUGGUUGAGGAGGGCCCGAUUUGUCGAUUAGAAAGAUAAACGCAAAGAAUUCAUGUUAUUUAUAUAUUUAAAAGUAAUUUCAUUGGAAUUGUUCAGCCUGAUUUCGCCUUUGAGGCGGCUUUUCCAAAACGAUCAAUAAAAUUGAUUUAUUUUGUGGAAU